AUGCCCGAGUUAUACGACCACGAUGGCAAGCCCGUGCAGCACCACAUGGCACGGGUGAACGGUAUUCGCCUACAUUACAUUACCGCGGGAUCGGGACCAGCUUUACUGUUACUUCACGGCACACCCAAAACACACUACUACUGGUAUCGGAUCCUCCCACUGCUGACGCCUCACUUUGCGAUUGUGGCCCCCGAUCUGCGCUGUUUCGGCGCGACCGACAAACCCCCUGCAAGCGAGGGCUACGAUGGCCGCACAAACGCCAAAGACAUGAUUGCGCUCAUGGAUGCGCUCGAAUACAAGACAUUUGCCGUCCAUGGCGAAGACCGCGGCGCAACACAUGCUUUCUGCCUUGCGGGGCUCUACCCCGAGCGCGUCACUCAUCUUUCCUUUUGUGAAAUGCUCCUGUCAGCCGGACUAACGCAGGCCUCCUUUUUCACCCGCGACAAUAUUGCAGCACAGUACAAUCAGACGGGCGUUUGGAACUGGCAUAUUCCUUUCUUCUGGAUGCCGCAUGUUCCGGAAAUGUUGAUUCAGGGAAAGGAAGAGGAAUUCUGGACCCAUUUUAUGAAGGCAGAGUGUUACAAUCCUUCUGCGCUCGACCAGCUCGCCAUUGAUGAGUGGGUACGGUGUGCAAAGGCCCCCGGCGGAACAAGAGGUAUACUAGAAAGCUAUCGCAGCCAUUGGGCGAAUUUGGAGAUUGAAGAGGAGAUUUUGAGUAAAGGAAAGUUAAAGUGCAAAGUCAUGACGGUUGGGGCAUUGGAGUUCUUUGGUCUCCGUGUAGAACAGCAGAUGAAGUCUAUUGCAGAAAAGGGCGAGAUUGCAGAGGUUUUUGAGUGCGGCCAUUCGUUGGCGAUUGAGCAACCUGAGCGUUUGGCUAACCUUUUGAUAAGACUUGUUCUUUAG